AUCGUACGACGCCAGUGCGCAUGAAAUUUGUCUGUUUUGAAUGAAACGCGUAGUUAUAAAUAAAGCGUUCGAAAUUCCAAACAACUAUUGAUUUAUUAUUUGUGCAUGCUAACCGGUGAUGUACCGCAUCGAAUUUCCUUGUCGGCUUCCGCGUUGCAAAUCCGCUGUCAAACGAAGAAAAAAAAAAAAAAAAAAAAAAAAAAGAAAAAAAAGAAAAACGAUUAAUGAGAGAAAAAAAAAAGGCAAGCUUGAUAAGAGAAGGAAAGUUUGUAUCGGCCUUGAGAAAUUCCAGUUCUUUUAUUACAUUGGUAAUUUUUCCCUCGUUGUCGUCUGCAGCACGCAUGGAGGAUCAGCCAGGGAACGAGAGUGAGAGGGUUGCGAGUUUGCAUUCCGUGCGAAAUUCCACAGUUUGGAGAAAAUUAAGGCGCACAAGGUCUUUAAAUGCUCCGAGUCCUAUCUGCCAGUUUGGACCUUGUGGUCGGAUCAUGAAAAAUUCAGCCAUGGUAAUGACCAUUCAAGAUCCCGCUAGCCAGCGAUUGACGUGGAAUAAACCACCCCUGACGGUGCUGGUCAUCAAGAAAAUCCACGACUUGUCUGUCAUUCAGCCUUUCAUAAGCCUCGUCAAGUGGCUCAUUUUUGAGAAACACAUGCUAGUGUUCGUCGAAGCCUCCGUAUUGGACGAGGAUUAUCUUCAACUUUCUCCAUCCUAUUCAUCCGUAAAAGACAAACUUUGCACCUUCAAAGAAGGUAAAGACGUGCUCACCGACAAGAUAGAUUUCAUCAUCUGCUUGGGAGGAGAUGGAACGUUACUCUAUGCAUCUUCCCUUUUCCAGGAAAGUGUUCCUCCCGUCAUGGCAUUCCAUUUGGGAUCUCUCGGCUUCCUAACCCCUUUCGAAUUCGAUAACUUCGAAGAACAAGUCACCAACGUUCUUGAAGGUCAUGCCGCUCUAACUUUACGUAGCCGGCUGCGGUGCAUCAUAGUACGACACAGCGAAACCGGGGAAAAAAUUAACAAACCCCACGCAAGCUUCCUGGUGCUAAAUGAAGUCGUUGUGGAUCGGGGUCCUUCUCCCUAUCUCUCCAACAUCGACCUAUACUUAGAUGGAAAACACGUGACCACGGUGCAGGGCGAUGGUUUAAUCGUCUCUACGCCAACUGGCAGCACAGCAUACGCCGUGGCAGCCGGGGCCUCUAUGAUCCACCCCAGCGUGCCUGCCAUCAUGAUCACUCCUAUCUGUCCACAUUCCUUGUCCUUCAGGCCCAUCGUCGUACCAGCGGGGGUCGAACUAAAGAUCAUGGUAUCACCAGAUUCUCGGAACCUAGCUUGGGUGUCUUUUGACGGCAGGAAUCGACAAGAACUUCGUCACGGUGACAGCCUCCGCGUGACGAUGUCCAUUUACCCCAUCCCGUCCAUCUGCGCACAGGACCAGAUCAGCGAUUGGUUCGACAGUUUGGCCGAGUGCCUGCAUUGGAACGUCCGUAAGAAGCAGAGGCAGCUCGACGAGUAUUCAGAUCUCGUCCAUAGCUCUUCCAGCGACACCAUCGAUUCCCUGGACAGCAGACACGAUUCCUAAAACGGGGAAGCUGAACCAGCUUGUAUCUCCCAAAGGUGUCUUUCCAUCAUAGAAACUUUAUCACAGGUGUAAAAAGCGAAUCAUCCAGAUCAUUGUUUUGCAAUGUUUACUAUGCUUCGAAAUAGUGUCGUGCUAUCAUACACUCUUACCAUGGAACAUUUCUUGCUGAAGGUGCUUGAGCACUCUGACGUAAUUUCGAAGCCAUAUGAACAUUCUCAUUGCCUAAAAUGUUGUAUUUUUUUUAAUGUAUUCUGACUGUAAUGGUAAAUUCCUUCUUAAUUUGAAGUCGCAAUAUCUUCAAGCUGAGAAAGAUACAUUUUUAUUGCGUCUGUGAUUUUCCAGUUGUUGUACUGAAGGAUUUGAGACAAUAAUUAAUAAAAAUGAUUAACAAAGAA